AACUUUUUAUCUGCCUGCAGAACAAACUGGAAAUAAAAACGAAAUGGAUAAUUUUAAUUUGUAUGACAUAGAAAACAAGCCACCUAAAAAAGAGACGUUAUUGGAUAAGUUUAAUAUAUGGUCAAAAAGAAAGGACAUUUCAGAGCAGCGUAACAUACGAUGUAAAGCUGAGAGAGCAAAAUUAACCGGCUGGGAUUGCUGGGAAUGCAGAGAAUAUUAUAACAAUUUGUCGUUAUCAAAAGAAAAUUUGCAAAAACGAAAGAAUCAAUGCUCGCGACAUCGACGCAAAUAUGAACGACCAAAUACACCAGAAGGUUUUUGGAAUCCGAUUUUUCCUGAGACAUUAUCCACUUUGACAGAAUAAAGAUACAAGCCAAGAUAAACGAGAUACACCAAAGAGUAAUGAAGAUGAGCAAAUUACCUGUGAAAUACAAGAUGUUCAUAUAUCUGCAGAUGUAUAUAAUAACAUAAUGAGAGAAAAGGAACCUAGCCACUUUAUUACUAAUAUGUCGUAUGCAGUGUGGGGACCAGAGGUAUUAGCCAGUCGUUGCGUUAGAUCGCAAUCCAAUGUGGUAGAACCUGAGUUGACUCCAACUAAAAAAUAUGGCAUUGUUAAUGAGUUUGAAAAAUGGAUGCGGAUCAAACGCAAAAUGCCACAAAUGUUAAUUGACGAACAAUUACAUCGUUCUAAAGUUAACAAGUACUUUAAUGGUGCAAUAACUGCCGCCCGCAAGAAACUCAACUACAAAAUGAAAAGAACAUUUAGCCAAAAAGAAGCAGUUGAGAAUAAAAUAAGAGCAGAAACAACGAAGGAAGGAGGAGAAGAAGACGAAGAAGAAGACGAAGAAGAAGAAGACGAAGAAGGAGAAAAAGAAGAAGAAGCAAGUGAUGAUAUGAGCGAUGAGACAAUAAUAAUGAGCGAUAAGACAAUGGACUAUGAAACAUAUAUGAAAAACCAGCGGUCAAUCAAAAAAAUUAGAAAAUAAGUGAUAUAAAUGAUAAGAAUUAAUAACACUAACAUAUAUAUGUAAAAAUUUUGUUGCUUACCUACCUGAUACUUAUUAAUACACUUAUUAUAAUAAUA